AACCUAGUUCGUUAUCAACACAUUAUUAUUAUUAUUACAAUAUACUUAUAAAAAGAAUUAUAAAAAAAAUUUAUCGGUGCUGUUUUUUAAUAUAAAUCACUGAUUACUGAUUAUAAGCAGUUCCGAACUAAUUUGUGGUACUAAAUUGAAUCUUUUCAAACUUCACUCAUACGGUCAUACUGGCGCCGGUAUCACCACUAACAAGAAGUUCAUCAGUAUAAUUCGAACGUAUUUUUGUGAAUCUGCUACUGGAGAGAGACGUGUACUUCCGGGACAAAAUGGAUAACAAAUCGGCAGUGUCCUCAUUGCAGGAGUUCUGCGCCAAGACCAAAAACUGCCCCCCCACGUACGAGUUCAUUGACGGCGAGGAUGGCGGCUAUGUGUGCAAAGUUACGCUUUUGGAAAUUGACGCCUAUGGCAACGGCCGAUCAAAGCGUGAUGCCAAGCACUUGGCUGCAUCCAAUAUUAUGCGCAAAGUGAGGGUGCUACCAGGAGCCAGCGACCUACUGAAGGACAUGGACGACGAAGACCAAAGCAACUUAAAUCACCUGGUCGACGAGCUUACCAAUACAAAUCGGGAUAUGUUGAAGGAGCUGAGGGACUUCUGUGUGCGCCACGAAAUGCCGCUGCCCACCAUUGAGAUUGUACAGCAGUGUGGCACUCCAAAUGCCCCAGAAUUCGUGGCAUGCUGCAAGGUGGCCUCUCUCACGCGCUACGGAAAGUCAGAUAAGAAGAAGGAUGCGCGCCAGCGAGCGGCAAUUGAAAUGUUGGCUGUGAUUUCAAGUGGCAUGGAGGAUUUACGUGCGGAGAAAAUGCAGGUGGUGAGUACGAAAGGAACGGAAUCGUCACUCAAUGAUGCUCUAGACGAAUUGGAGUCGGAGCGCAGGAAGAAGUUCAACACCUACCGCGAACUCACAGAUGCCGGAAGCGUUGAGAACACGGGUCUCCGCCUGUGCGAUCGCCACAACUACUUCAAGAGCUUCUACCCUCCACUGAAGCAGGCUGCCUUUGAGGCCAUCAACUCAGAUGAAUUUGUGACUGACAAGGACAAGGCCCUGAGUGUGAUGAGCGCCCUGAAAAUCAGGCCUAGGAUCUCAACUGUGGCGUCCACGUCCAUAGAACCAAUGCUCCAAAUCGAACUGGAUUGCGACUACGACUGCGUUUUUCUGGGACUGGAGAGCAAGAUAUACCUUCAAAUAAUACAGUACUUCACCGACAUGCUGUUUUAAUCCUUAAUAUUGGGUUUAUAAAAAUAAAUAUUAUAAACGCCUCGUACGUGGUCAUGUGUGAGGUGGAUAUAAAAUUUAUUAUUUAUUCACUCCCAGGCAUAAGGUGUACAUAUACCUUUAUUUUUAGCUAUGUUAACUUACAAACUAGGCAAACUGCAUCCUAUUUACAGACUAAACAAUAAUGCACAA